AUGCUUGGAGCAUCAAGUAGUGAAGAAGACGAUGAUGAUAAUUUAAUCAAUGAUAACGAUGACGCAUUGGAAAUUCUUUGCCUUCGGCGUCAUCAGUUUCCAUUAUCAAGUUCUCCACGUUCCAUGUCUCCAGCUCCAUCAGAUUCUGCCUCACAAGCCAAUUCGUUACAUCGUGGCGAUUCGUUACAUAUAAAAAGAAGAGACUCUGGAGCAUCUUAUGGUGCAGUGCUAAUGAAAACGGAAAUCUCUGAUGAUGAGGAUGAUUUUGCAUCAAAUGAGCAGAGCACGCCGGCGUAUGCAGUUAUUGAUUCUGCUACCGAAAUAAGCAAAGAAGAAGAAGAAAAAAUGAAAGCUGAAGUGGAAGAAGAGGAACGUAAACAAAAAUUGAAACUAUAUGUUUUUGUUGCAAAAUGUAUUGCUUAUCAUUUCAAUGCAAAACAACCCACCGAUAUGGCAAGACGGCAGCUCAAGGUUACGAGGCAAGAACUGUCAAGGGUUAAAGAUCGUUUUCGGUCAUUUUUGACAGGCGAGACACAAAUUGCAGCGGAUGAAGCAUUCACAAAAGCAGUUGAAUUGUAUUUCGAGGUUUUUCUAAAGUCUGAACGAGUGCAAAAAGUUGUUCAAGCUGGCGGUUUUUCUCAAUAUGACUUCAGAGAGGUUUUUCGAUGCAACAUUGAAAAAAGAAUUAAAACUUUAACGGAACUAGAUGAUGUAUCAAAGGAAAUGAUGCUCAAUAAUUGGAUGAUCAAAUUCGAUACGAUUAUCCGUGGGGAUGAGGAUGCGAUUCAAUCAAGGCAAACAAGGAAUCGCCUGCGUGGGAUGAAUCAAUCCAAUGCAGGUUUGACACUUCUCAAGGAUCAACUGUAUGAUAUUUUCCAACAGAUUCUGUCUGUUAAGAAAUUCGAACAUCAGAUAAUAUUCAAUGCCUUGCAGCUGGACAAUCCAGAUGAGCAAGCAGCGGCUAUUCGGCGCGAAGUUGCUACGAGAGAGGAAGCACUGAGAGAUCUGUCAAAAAUGAAGAAAUUGAUGCCUAAAUUUGUGGUGAAAGAUAUGGAAACUCUGUUUAUUGACGAGACACGUCAGUCCAUCAAUCUGCUUAUCAGUAAUUUGGAAUCAGUACCUGUUACUCCACGAGGUCAAGGCGUGAUUUCAAGAAAGAAGGAUUCCAAAGGAAGAAGCAGCUUGAAACGACGUACCAGUUCAAGUUCAUUGAAUAAAGCUGACAGUGAUGACGAUGUGUCAUUGACUAAAAGUGAUGUCAUCCUCACUUUCAAUAUAGAGGUAAUCGUGAUGGAAGUGCAAAAUCUGAAGUCAGUCGCACCAAAUAAAUUUGUGUACUGUACUAUGGAAGUUGACGGAUGCCCUAAACUGCAAACUGAUCAUGCAGAAGCUUCAAAAUCGUCUUGGGAUACACAGGGCGACUUUACGACGAAACACCCUCUUCCAACUGUGAAGGUGAAACUGUACACAGAAUUGAAGAGUUUAGUUGCUUUCGAGGAUAAAGAACUCGGAAAAGUUGUCAUCAGACCAACACCGAAUUGUUCAAGGACACCUGAAUGGUACAAUAUGACAGUGCCAAAGAACAGCUCCGAUACAAAUCUUAAAAUCAGAAUAGCUAUUCGGGUUGAAAAACCUUCUAAUUUGAAAUACUGUGGGUAUUGUUACGCUCUUGGAAGGAUAGCAUGGAAAAAAUGGAAGAAGCGAUUUUUUUGUUUAGUACAGGUUUCGCAGUAUGCAUUUGCGAUGUGUAGUUAUCGUGAAAAGAAGACCGAUCCAGCGGAAUUUAUUCAACUGGACGGAUUUACAAUAGACUACAUGCCAGAACCAGAUCCAGAUCUAUAUAAUCAUGGUGGAAAAUAUUUUUUCACAGCAAUCAAAGAAGGUGAUGAACUGAAGUUUGCAACAGAUGACGAAAAUGAAAGGCAUUUGUGGGUGCAGGCAUUAUACCGAGCAACGGGUCAAGCAUAUAAACCAGUACCUCCAAAGCAAUCGUCAGUAGUACCGUCAAAAGCGCAGGGCUUUGCUGAUAAAGCUAGUAAAUAUGGAAUGGAUGAGCUGAUUCAAGCGGAUCCGAUCAAUUUUGAUCACGAUCAUCUUUUCAGUAAACUGCAGUCUCUUACUUUGGAUUUUCGAUUGAAUGAACCUAUAUGCUCAUUAGGUUGGUUCUCACCUGGACAAGUAUUUGUGUUAGACGAGUAUUGCGCCCGUUACAUGGUCCGCGGUUGCCAUCGGCAUGUUUCACUUCUCAAUGACUUGCUCAAUAAGGCCGAUGAGGGCUUCCUUAUUGAUCCCACCCUUAUGCAUUAUUCAUUCGCUUUUUGCGCAUCUCAUGUUCAUGGCAAUAGGCCAGAUGGAGUGGGAACGGUUACAUUAGAAGAGAAGGAAAAAUUUCAGGAUGUUAAGGAAAGAUUAAGAACGCUUCUUGAAAAGCAGAUCACUAACUUCAGAUAUUGUUUUCCUUUUGGUCGACCUGAGGGAGCAUUGAAAGGAACAUUAUCAUUACUUGAAAGGGUCCUAAUGAAGGACGUUGUUUCACCGGUGCCUCCAGAAGAAGUUCGGAACGUCAUCCGGAAAUGCCUUCAAGAUGCAGCCUUAGUCAAUUACACUCGAAUCUGCAAUGAAGCAAAGCUUGAGCGUGAGGUUUUACACCAAGAGCGCAUGGGUAUGAAUGUUAGUCCUCAGCAAAGAAUUGAAGACAUGAUACGCGUCACGGAAUUUUGCAUUGAUCUAUUACGAGAAAACGAAGAGCAUCAUGGUGAUGCAUUCACUUGGUUCAGUGAUCUUCUUGCUGAUCAUUCAGAAAUAUUUUGGUCACUUUACUCGGUGGAUUUGGAUGCAGCAUUAAAUGUACAGCCUCCAGAUUCGUGGGAUUCAUUUCCAUUGUUCCAGCUACUGAAUGAUUUUUUGAGUAAUAACUCUCAUCUCAAGAAUGGCAUUUUUCAUACAAAGUUGAUCCAGCAAUUCUCAGCGAAAGUAGUACGUUAUGUCGAUUUGAUGGAGCAGUCAAUAGCGCAAUCUAUUGAGAGAGGCUUCGCACGAGAACGAUGGGAAGUACGCAAAAACGGUUGUGCAACAUCUGAAGAUACUUAUUGGAAACUGGAUGCUUUGCAAAUUUUCAUACAUGAUUUGAAUUGGCCAGAGGAAGAGUUUUCGAAUACUUACCAGUGUUUUGAUUCGUACAUGCAGCGCGCGCGAAAAUCAACGGAUUAUGUUCUCCCUUCAGAAGUAUGCGUUAUGAUCAACGUAAUUUUCUCAUCGAAAUCUCGAGCGGCUAAAAUGGCAAUAGAUUCGGGAGAAUACAAGUACCAAUCGAAACUGGAUGAAACUUUGGAUACUAUGCUAAAAGAUAUGGAAACAUGCAUUGAAGACAAGCUGUUGUCGGUUUUGGAAUAUGUUCUAUCUCGAUUAGCUCGUUAUGACGAAGGAAAUCCGAUCGGCGCUAUUCUCUCCAUUGCGCCGAAGCCAACAACUAUCUUUAACAAAAUGAAAAAUAUAGUUAGCGAUCAAGGAAUUGUUGGUAACUUGACGGGUAGUGCUGCAUCAUCACCACAAAACCCGAAACCGAUUGUAAGUCAGCCACAGAACUCAGGUCAUUAUGGACAUUCUUACGUAACUUUUAUGCGGGUUUGUACGGAACAGUUGAGGCAGGUUGUAGUCGACGAGCUGUGGGUUAACGCUUUGUUUGAACACUGGUACGAGGGCCAAAUGAAAAUGCUUAAUGACUGGCUGACCGAGAGGCUCCAGCAGUCCCUUUCUCAAUAUCAGUUAAUGUGUCUUUCUUUCAUGGUCAAGAAAAUAUAUUCCGAUUCGGAGUUACAAGGUGUUGAUGAUGAACGACUCAACAGCAAAACAUACCAGUCGAUAAUGAGAAGGCUACAAAUUGAAGAGGCAAACUGUGCAUUAAAUGAUAAUGCCUCUGGGCAUGCAAAUACAUCAAUCAGCAAUCACGCACUUAUUGACAACGCCACUCAAGCAGUUACGAAUGUUAGUAGUUUAGUGGAGGGUGCCAGUGCCAAAAUGUUUUCUCUUUUCAAGUAA